UGCUCCCAAAGGCCAUUACUUUUUAGGCCAAACCCACAUCCCCUGCCUGACACAUUCCAAUUAUUUUUUUCUUCAUUCCAUAUGCACAUUACCCUCUUUACCAUUACAAAAAUAUUGAUUGAGCUGGACAUGUCUGUAUACCUACUCUCACUGCACCACAACCAAUGCCUCUACACUUACCCAAUUCUGAAAUAUUAUCAGAUCAUAUCAAGAAAAUAUUAAAAAUAAGGCACCCCUUACCUUCAAUCCCCCCAUUCAACAGCCUGUCACUGCAUCUGAUCUAUCCAUUGCUUAGUAAUGCCAUGGCAGUAUCAGUUUCUAUCACACUUUCAUUAUACUAUAAAGUUUGGAAUUUCUUCGAUCCGAUCUUUUUAUAACGUAAAAUGAACAGAAGAAUAUCUUGAAAAGGGACAAAAUCACAUGGAGAAGAGACCAAAGAACCAAUAAGUUGUCAACACAGCACAAUAUGUUGGACAAGGAUCUGUCUUCACAGCAUGUGUUUAUAAAUUCAGCCAGGCUAAACUGGUCGGGCUGUGAGUUCGAGUUUGAGUUCAUAAGUUCAACUAUGUUUAAAGCUUUCUGCAAAAAUUUUCUCCUUUGCUUAUCCUGUCCUCUUCCUCGCAUUUAGUUCUCUGCAACUCUCAUUUUCUGAACCAUUCUUUUUCUUCCUGUCUCCCAAGUUCCAAGAAUUGAAGCCCAGAAAUUAAACUAGUUUCUGUAUUACAAUUUCCAAAAUUGAUAAAGUUCCUUCCUUUUUUAAUUUUCAGAUUUAACCAUGGGUACCCUUUUCCGAGCUCAUCAUAAUUCCAGGGAUGAAUCUGAGUUUAACCACUACUGCUCUGUUCCAACUUCGGGUGGUCUAGACAGGAAUUUGGUUCUAAACGAAGGCUGCAGUGAUGUUCUUGGCUUUUCAGGCAUGAAGUCUGUCCAUGAUGGCCCAGCUCCAUCUGAGGGGGUGGAAGGAGACUACUUUGAUGGAGUGUUUAAGUACAUACAGAAUAUGCUUAUGGAGGAAGAUGAUCUGGAACAUAUACCUUACAUGUUCCAAGAUUGUAUGGCUCUCCAGGCCGCCGAGAAAUCAUUCUAUGAUGCCCUAACUGAGAAUCCUCCCCCUCCCCCUCCUAAUCAUUCUGGAAACAGAAAUGUUCAGUUCUCAAUCCCAGAUAAUCAAGUAGGUUCUGAACCUUUCCCGGCUCAAUUUCCCCUUCCUGGAACCCAAAUUUUUCAGACUGGUUUGCAGGAAUUGCAGCCCGGCUAUAAUCCUUUUCCUGGGCAAGUAGAAAAUCCUAUGAUUCCCAUGAAUAAUUCGUCUGGAUCCAUGUUUAGUACUCAAUUCUCCGGCGAGUCGGGGACGUACUUGAUCGGAAAUGGCUGUUCUGGAAACGGAGAACGGAGCAAUGGAAGCGGUCCAGAGAGGAGGAGAAAUCGCAACCGGGAAAACGGCGGAGAAGGGCAGAGGAACAAGCAGAUAGCGACGGGGAAUUCCGACCAAGAGCCGGAGAAAACGGAGAAGUACGAUAAGGCGCUGUUGUGUCCUUCCAUGAAUCCUUUAUUCUACGACGACUCAAUCCCCUAUCUUUCCGACGAAUCUUCGGAAACCGAAGCGCGUGACAAGAAAUACUUGCAGGGCCCGAAGCGCGGGCGGCCACGCGGCAGCAAGAAAGGCGCCAAGCCCAAGCAGAUCGUCGACCUAACCGACCUCCUCGCUCGGUGCGCCCAGGCCGAGGCCGCGCACGACAAGAAGAACUUCGACCUCCGCCUCGCAGCCAUCCGGCAACACUCCUCCCAGUACGGCGACGCCACCGAGCGCCUCGCCCAUUGCUUCGCCAACGCCGUGGAGGCACGCGCCGCCGGCACGGGAACAUCCUUGUACGCCAGCAUAACCAGGCGUAGAAUGUCGGCCGCGGAAUAUCUCAAAGCGUAUCAGACCUACAUAACCGCCUGCCCCUUCAAACGCAUGUCCAACAUAUACGCUAACAAAUCAAUCGCGAAACUAACCAGAGAAGCCGAGAAGAUCCACAUCAUCGACUUCGGGAUCCUCUACGGGUUCCAAUGGCCCUGCAUCAUCCACGGCAUCUCCCUCCGCCCGGGCGGCCCGCCGAGGCUCCGCAUCACGGGAAUCGACUUUCCCCAGCCGGGGUUCCGCCCGGCCGAGCGAAUAGAGGAAACAGGUCGGCGCCUGGAGAAUUUCGCCAGGAGAUUCAACGUCCCGUUCCAGUACACCGCCAUAGCCAAGAAAUGGGAAACAAUCACCCUGGAAGACCUGAAAAUCGAGAAGGACGAAAUCCUUGUAGCAAACUGCCUAUACCGGAUGAAAAACGUCCCGGACGAGACCGUAAUGGCAAACAGCAGCCCCAGAGACGACGUUCUCAAGCUAAUAAAAAAAAUCAACCCGGAAUUCUUCGUCCACGGGAUCGUCAACGGGAUGUACAACGCCCCGUUCUUCACCACCCGAUUCCGAGAAGCCUACUUCCACUUCUCGGCCCUGUUCGACAUGUUCGAAGCCACCAUGCCGCGAGAGGACGAAGGGAGGAUGCUGGCCGAGCAAGAACUGCUGGGCCGAGACGUCCUGAACGUGAUCGCGUGCGAAGGGAGCGAGCGAGUGGAGCGGCCCGAGACGUACAAGCAGUGGCAGAUGAGGACGCAGAGAGCCGGAUUCCGAGCGCUCCCAUUGCACCGAGAGAUCAUCAAGGAAGUGAAGGCGAAGACUAGAAUGGGAUACCAUAGAGAUUUCUCGGUGGAAGAAGAUGGGGAGUGGAUGUUGCAGAGCUGGAAAGGAAGGGUGAUUUAUGCUAUGAGUUUGUGGCAGCCUCUUCAUAACUAACUGAUCAUUGCACUUUAAAAUCUUCCAUUUCUGUCUGCAAACCAAAUCUUUUUCACUUUCCUUGUCAAAGUUUUAUGUACUAUGAGGACAUAGGAGAUUUGAAAUAAUGGAAACAGAAUCUGAGAGGAAAUUAUUUUUGUAGAAUAAUAAUACUCUUAUUAAAAUACACGUGAGGUUCUACACUCCUAUUGAUAUAAAAAAAAAA